AUGAGGCCACCCGCCGGCGGCGACGCAGCCGCAGCCGCAGCACCGCAUCCCUCGUCCCGACUCCUCCGUAAGUCGAGCAACGGCGCCGAUCACGUCUCCAACCCUGCGCCGCAAGCCGCCACGGGCCCGACCGGCCCCACGAGCUUCUUCCUGUGCAGCGAGGACGAGAUGCAGCACACCAUGCAAGCCUCCAGCACCAAGGAAAGCACCUAUGGCGUUCAAAGCCUGGAUGAUGCUCUCGGCGCUGCUUUCGGCGAUAAGGGAACUAGCGAUCAGGCAGACAAGAGCAGCUCCCCAAAGCCGCGCUGUAGAGCCGACCAAGCGAAGAAAUGGUCCAAAGAGGUUGCGCAGGUGCAGAAAGAACUGCAGGAUGCCAUGAGCGGCACGACAAGACCUCGUGCCCCCGCUCGCAAGCUGUCGGCCAGCACGCUCUCGUCACACCCGCCGCCCCCGCCUCUUACCCCGGUGCAAUUCGAGCUUAGUUCAGGCCCCGCAUCAGAUCUACCCAGCACCCCAAAGAGCGUUAGCUUGAAGAGCUUCAGGCUGUCGGAUGAGGAAAGCCAGGCUGAUGAAGCGGCGAGUCAAGCCAUCGUGACAAGCGACGAAGAGGAUGACGGCCUUGUCGAGAAGGAGGAAGUCGAGAACACUGUGCCACAGCUGACCUCUCUUAUCAGAUCCAUAGUGCAGCUAUGCGAGGAUAUUGUACAUGUGGAUCCUCUCGUUGCCAGUCCCUCUCUCUCUCAACCUGCCGACUUUCAAAAGGGCAAGUCAAAGCUCAAGAAGCAGCGCGCAUCGGGCACGACGAGCAUCACGGAGGUAUAUGCCAGCACGCGCGCCUAUCCAACAUGGUGGUCGGAUAAGUUGGAUGUGGAAGACAGCCGCACGUUGCGGAGGCGGAAGAGUAUGGGUGACACGGUACUUGAACGCAAUCUGUGCUUUGUCGACACGCCGGGAUUUGAUUCGACCAACAACUCGCCGGCGCAGAUGGAGCCCAUUGUUCAUUACAUCGAAUCGUUGCUUCAUCGCAACGCAUCACUCAGUGCUAUGAGCGAUAGUGAUCUCCUCGGCAUACUUAGCGGCAACGGCGGAGUUCAAGUCGAUGUCGUAUUUUAUAUGCUGAAGCCCUCCGAUGGCGCUGGCUUCUCACGAAGCAUCCAACACAUCCGCCGGCUUUCUUCUUUUACUAAUGUUAUUCCUCUCAUUUCCCACUCGGAUUCCCGCGACAAAGAAAAGAUCUCCUCCUUAAAGACUACUGUGCUUCAGCUCCUCCAGGCCGAAGGCGUGCGUCCGUUCCUCUUCGGAAAGAGCAUGGAAGAGGCUAUGAAUGCCGCCCAAACCUCCCUCGACUGCGCCUUUCCCCAAGACUCAAACCCUUUCUUCGAAACCCCAAAGCCCGUCUUCACUCCUGGUCCCUUCGCCAUCACCUCCGCCUCAGCUUCCGACAGCGAGAUCAUGGACGCUUCACUGCUCAUGUCUCCGGAUUAUAUCCAACCUCUUGUUCCGUCAGAACUUGCCGCUUUGGUCAAUCAAGUCUUCAACCAAGACACAAUAUCGUGGUUGCGGCAUUCUGCAGCUAAAAAAUUCCUCCGUUGGCGCAAUGAGCGCAUCCAAGGCGAAAGCCUCAACAUGCAUGGCUUUGGACUGAACACUGGAGCUGCACCGCAAACAAUCCCCAAUUCUACGCACUACCCUGGCAGGUCGUUUUCGUACCAGGCCUCUGCUACGUCCUCUAUUCUGUCUUCUCCUUCGCCCAGUCAGGUUCUCAUUCCACGCCCGGGAACUGGCAGUACCGCGAACACACCUUUCUCACCGACCGCAUCAUACACCCACAUAUCACCUGCCUCUCCCAGUAGCGUGGCCGGCGGCAAUAACUACACGAUCACCCGCUUCAAUGAGCAAAGUUAUCGCGAGGAGAGGAUGGCACAAGUUCGGCUGGCCAAGUGGGCUGCAGACUUGCAACGAAGCCUGCAGAAUGAGCGUCGCCGUUUUGAAGAAUUAGAGCGGGAGAAAAGGACACGCUGGCUGCUCGAUCAAGUGGGCCGGGAAGUCCUGGACGGUCGCAUCAUUCCGGCCGACGACCUGCAGCCGCACUACGAUCCUGCUCUCUGGUCCCUGACGCGCCAAGCAGAUCUGGACGAGCGCAUCAAACGGGAGUCGAGAUGGUCGUCAGCAAAGGGUGGGAAGCUGGAUCCGCGUGAUCCUUUGGGGUUGUGCGAUUGGAGCGAUGAUAUGAAGAAGGGUGGCUUGAUAGUCGUGCAAGUGCUCGGCGGCGUCGGCGUGUUGGGCGCGGUAGUGGUGGCGGUUUGGCAAUGGAGAAGCCAGGGUAGUAGUGGCCUCCUCGGCGGCUGGUUCGGUGCGAGUGAUUGA